GGAUUGUUAUAGACUUAUAGCUCGAGUUUCUACCUUUUAAUCACUUUGAAGUAAUCAAGGUCACGUUUUUGUUUUAAAAGGAAAAUUAUUAGGACAUAAAAGUCUUCUAAUCAGUUUUGUCCAGCGGCUGAGAUGGUUUUCAAUUGAUCAUUAACCAACAAAUCUCGAUAACCACAUAAUCCGGAUAGUAGCUCUGGAGUAUGCGAUUCUAGGAGUCUAUAAACCCAGCUAGACGCGUGCUUUCUUUGCAACCUGGGGGUAAAAAUACUCUAGCAUCACAGAAACGGGAAUCUGGGUAUGGUGAAAGGAUCAAAGAUAAAGAACCAGACAAGCUUCUUCUUCUUCUUCUUCUUCUUUUUUGCUGGUUUUAAUUUUCCUCAUCCGGAAAUGGUACCAGCGAACCUGAAGAAACAGCUCGCCUUGGCUGUGAGAAGCAUCCAGUGGAGCUACGCAGUCUACUGGUCUGGUUCACCUAACAACCCCGGGGCGUUCGAGUGGGGUGAAGGGUACUACAAUGGAGACAUAAAGACGAGGAAAACAAGCCAAGCAGUAGAACUGAAUUCUGACCAAAUAGGUUUACGGAGAAGUGAGCAGCUCAGAGAUCUAUAUGAGUCCCUCGCAACUGCAGAAUCCAGUCCACAAGCGAAAAGGCCUUCAGCUGCAUUAUCACCUGAGGACCUCACUGAUACAGAGUGGUAUUAUUUGGUGUGCAUGUCAUUUGUAUUCAACAUUGGUCAAGGGUUGCCCGGAAGAACUCUGGCAAAAGGCCAACCCAUUUGGUUGUACAAUGCCCAUUUGGCUGAUAGUAGAAUUUUUGGUCGCUCUCUUCUGGCAAAGAGUGCAUCCAUUCAGACAGUGGUAUGCUUUCCUUUUCUGGAUGGCGUUCUUGAGCUAGGCACAACUGAUCUGGUCUCAGAGGACCUCAGUCUCAUUCAACGCAUGAGAACUUCCUACUUGGAUAUUUUAGAUGCUAAGGCUCGCAAGGACUCUGUAGUUGCAUACAAUACGGGAGAUGGUGAAGAAAUUGCUGGUGCCGUAUUGGAUCAUAAUGCUUUUGAUGUAAAAUUAACUCCUGAGUCUGAGUAUGAAGUAGCCAAUGCAACUUCUCCGAAUAAUAGUUCAAAUGAGUUUCAAGCCAAUCAACAAGCAGAUGAGAGAUUCAUGGUUGAAAGAAUAAAUGGUGUUGCUUCCCAUGUCCAAAGCUGGCAAGUAAUGGAGGAUGAGUUGAGUAAUGGUGCCCAUACUUCCAUGAAUACUAGCGACUGUAUUUCUCAAACGUUUGCUGGUUCUGAAAAGAAUGCUUCUGUUCCCAAGGGUGGUCAUAGUGAGCAAGAUCUUCAAGAAGGCAAAAACACAAAAACGACCGUGGUAGAUGUUCAUAGUGAUGAGUGGCAUUAUCAGAAAAUUCUUUCUUCUCUUUUUAAAAGCUCAGACCAAUUAAUUAUGGGAGCACACUUUCAAAACUCUCAUCGUGAAUCUAGGUUUAUCAGUUGGAAGAAAGAAGGAUCAAUGGGUUGUCAAUGGCCAGGAGGCGCAACCCACCAGAAAAUAUUGAAGAAGAUAUUGUUUGAAGUUCCUCGUAUGCACACAGAAUGGUUGCUUGAAUCUCAAGAAGAAAAUGAUUAUAAAGAGGGAAUGAGACCUGAAGCUGAUGAAAUUGGCUUGAACCAUGUACUGUCUGAAAGAAAGAGAAGAGCAAAACUAAAUGAAAGGUUUUUAACCCUUAAAUCAAUGGUUCCUUUGAUUACUAGGGAUGACAAAGUUUCAAUACUAGAUGAGGCAAUAGAAUACCUUAAAAAGCUGGAGAAAAAGGUGAGAGAGUUGGAAGCUCGCAGAGAGUCCAAAGAUUCAGAGACUAGGACUAAAAGAACGCCUCAAGAUGUGGUGGAAAGGACCUGUGACAAUUAUUGCAACAACAGAUCUGAUAAUGGCAAGAAGCCAGCGAUGAACAAAAGGAAGGCUUGUGACAUUGAUGAGACAGAGAUUGAUUCAGUUCGUCUAAAAGAUAUUUCUAAUAAUGUUACUAUCUGCAUGAACGACAAUGAUGUUUUGGUUGAAUUGAAGUGUCCUCGGAGAGAAGGAGUUCUACUAGAAAUAAUGGAAGCAGUCAGCAAUCUUCAUUUAGAUUUUCAUUCAGUUCAUUCAUCAGAAGCUGAUGGGAUUCUCCAUUUAACCAUAAAAUCCAAGAUUACAGGAGCAGCUUUUACCUCAGCAAAAAAGAUCAAACAAGCACUCCUCAAGGUAGCUUGGAAGUGUUGAGUCUUUAUAUUGGUUUGAUACACCGUGUAAAUUUUAGACUGUUGAAGUCGCAAGUUGAUCGAGAUUUUGCAGAAAAUCUUCUAAGAGGGGAGCUUAGUUUUCUUGGCAUAUUUUGAUGUUGAAAUAUGGAGUUCUCCCCCAGCAAUCAGAAAUGAGAAGUGGAGCUUAGUUCACUAGAUUCUAUGUAAUAUUAGCUGCUGUAGCCUAGCUCAGCUUUGAUCAAUGACUUUAUGUUUGUAAGAAAUUGCACAUUGCUAAUUAUGCAUAUUAAUUACGUCUUUAAGUCCCUUUUUUUUUU